GGUUCGUAACGAUCGUUAAUCGGGAGUUGUAGAACGAAACAUUCAUUUGCGGGUGCUUGUUCGAAGCUGAGGUUUAGAUUUGUCGAAAUUUCUAUAGAUUGUUCAAGUUUCACGCUAUCAGCUGAUUAGGGCAACGCGAUCGAGUCAACGAGUUCACGCCUCAACGUUGACAUGUGCUUUCGUUGUUGUCCUAAGGAGCGGCUAGAAGGUUAAGAGCUUAUUUCGCAAAUAAGCAGCUUAAUUGUUGCAGUUUAACGCGGUUGAACUGUACGAAUGAGCCGCAGUUUAUGGUAUUGUGGGUUGGGGACAACUUUCCAAUCGUUACGCGACAGCUGAGUAGCACUUUUUGGCCGCUCUCGAGUGACAAGUGUGGGGUGUUUUUUUAGUUCGUUCGUUUAUGAUCGCUGAAUGGCUUUCAUGAUUUAAAAUGCCCAUGUGGUAUCAGCCGGUGUGAUUAUGCCGAGGCGCGAUAUGCUAAUGUGAUGUGGGGCAACGGGGGGUCAUUCUCGUUCGUGAUCAAUCUCCAAAAAUCUAUGAAAGCCGAUACUGGCAGGCCCAAAAAAGUGUAACCGGCCACUAGUUCGGCGGCAGCAAGUGUUAUGGAAAUUAUUCGCUAAAUGAAUAACAAUCUGAAUCUGAAUGUGGAAACGAGUUUCGCGAGCAACUCGGCACAGAAGUUGUUUAUUUUUAAAAAAGAAAUAAAUAAAAACGUCCACCGAGAUGUGAGCUUUUCGACCUACGACGCACAAAGAUUUCAAUUGCACAAUUUGGUUCCACAAGCCACGGAAUAAGUUAAAAACAAGCGAAGAAAAACAACAAGGAUCGUUGCGCAGAGGCGUUGAUCAAUGAUUGCCACCCACGCUAACGACACAGAGAGAUAGAGAGAGGCAGCAGCGUUAACUUCAGCUUUAGGAUAGGAAAUAGCCUGUGACGAUGCCUGGUGCGGGACCACCUCGAUCGUUGUUGGCAUCGGAACAAAUGGCGUCUCCGGAGGUUGAUGCGCGAAAGAUUGACAUCACCCGUCUGAUGCGUCCAAGUCGUUGGAGCCGAGAUCGAUGGAGACGUCGCAGCUGCAGCAUCGGCAGUGUCAUCGUUGCAAGAUUAGUGCAUCAAUCAAGAUUCUACAUAGUCAUGUGUCUAGUCACGGCUUACCUGCUAGCCAUUGCCCAAGGAGCCGAGUUCAUGACAGCCGGUAUCGCCGGUGGAGGAGGAGGAGAAGGAGGAACAGGAUCCUCGAUCAAUACUCCUCAGUUCCCAAAAGUUCCCGAGAUCGUCAGUUCAACGUCACCUUCAACAACAACCGUUGAACCAUUAUUGGACACGGAAACGGUCCGGAUCGUUCCCGUCCCCCUAGCCGUAAUCAGUAGCCUUAACAGUAACAGUAGCAUUAACACUAACCAAAGAGUAGCGCCAAGUCAACAAACGCCGAGCAGUACCGUAGAUCCUUUUGGAUUACGUUUCAAAACGGCAAAGUACUUCAACAAGGGUGACAGUGGGAAGAAACGAUUCGAGAAGAAAUCGGCAGCAGUGAUACCGACCCCGGUUGCAGUUAUGGCCGACUGGCGGUGUCCCAACAUUAGUCAAAGCCGUAACUUGGAAUGCGGAUGUGAUAUGCCUCAUACGUUGAGGUGCGUGGGUGAUAUGCAUGGUCUGGAGCUGGUGGCUGAUGGGCUGCGAUCUUCGAAGUAUCCGGUUUCCUUGCUGGAUUGUACCUUGAAAAAUGUUACAGUUAUCAAUGAUGUAAACAUUUUCGACAAUGUAUCCCUACAGGGACUGGUUAUUUCAUCCGGGGAGAUCAAACGUGUCAAUCGAUUGGCAUUUGCAGGCAUCAAAGGAUCCCUCCAGGUUCUAGGCUUACCGAACAACGCAUUAACAGCUGUCCCAACACAAGCAUUGGUAUCGAUUCCUCUUCUAGAUAGACUCGAUCUCUCCAACAACAGACUGAAAAUUAUUCAGAACGUAGAUUUCGUCCCGGUACCAAUGCUUUCAUACCUAGAGCUGAGUGAAAACCAAAUAUCGAUCAUCUCAACUAAAAGCUUUAUCCCGUUGAAAAAUCUGGUUCACCUAAAGUUAAACGCGAAUCGUCUCGGCGAAGCUCCCCAAAGUCUAAAAGCACUUGAGGCUUGUCUCAACCUCCGAGAGCUAGAUCUGCGAGAGAACACCAUUCGAGGACCGCUGAAAAACACAACGUUACCAAUGAUCAAAAGUUUGGAGAUACUAAAUCUGGACAAGAACUCUAUCACCAGCAUCCAAAACGGAGCUCUAGAAGGACUAGCGUAUCUGCAGAUGCUCUCUCUCCGUCACAACCAAAUCGACGUACUUCAGGACCACGCCUUCUCCGGAUUAGCUUCACUGCAAGUUCUCGACCUGGGACACAACGGAAUCGUAGCGAUAUCCGGCUCGUCUCUUAAACACCUGCCCCGCCUUGUAGUCCUAGACCUUACCCACAACUUCCUCCGAGCUCUCACGACGGACGUCGUUUCACCGCUGCCGUCCCUCAAAGAACUUCGCCUGGACGGAAACGACAUUUCCAUCAUAGCCCAGAAUGCCCUGUACAACGCUUCGGAACUUCACAGUCUAUCGCUGGAGAACAAUCCCCUAGCCUGUGAUUGUUCCAUGAAACCAUUCGCCGAAUGGCUUGCAACCUCACGUAUUGCGUCUCAAGACGUCCUCGGAGCAGUUUGUGCCACUCCACCCCACCUAGAGGGUGCUUCCUUCCUACAAGUAGCAGCGGAAAAGAUGAACUGCAACGCCAACGGGAAAGAUCGAUCCGAUGCCGGUACCUUCAAAACCAUCGAAGUUAUGUUGAAGCUUAAGAACAACGAGUCUUACGUGAGGGACAUUGGUAGUGAGGUUCAGCUGAAAAGUAUCAAUUUUACCGAUGAAAGUGACGUCUAUCUGCACUGGCGGAUGCAAACCGAUGAAUAUUCCUGUCGCUUUGUGUACGUUUUUCAUGACGAUGAUCCGGAGAAUAUUUUGUUUAACUCGGAGGUUUUUUGUAUCCAGCUACCGGAAUUAGCCAAUGCUACAGAUUAUGUGUUUUCUACCAAACUGAUUGGCGCAUACGAUUUUCAGAGUGAGCUCAGCUACAAAUUCUGCCUGAUCAUGAAGGAGGACAUUUCCAAGGACGAAUUUCUGGGUGCGUGUCAGGUGACAAUUCUUCCGGCUCCGAUCGUCAACCGCACAAAAUCCAGAUCCAUCAAGAAGGAACUUUUCCCUGCAAAUGCGGCUCAAAAUUACCCCUCGAAUAGUGACAUCUCAGAUUUGGACCGAAUUGCUGGAAGUGAUCACCAAGACGAUGACUCGGAUACGGAGGAUGGAUCCUACUACGACGAUAUGCUACAGGAUCGUGCUGAAGAUCAGAAUCCGGAACUGACGGCUUUCGACCGAAUGCGGUUGGCCGAGGAUGCCGCAGCGAGACUUCCCUCGGUCGGAGUUAGUCGAAUGGUUUUGGAAGGACUAGGGGCGAUCAUUAUUCUGACCAGUUUGAUGGCAUUCAUUUGGGGAUUCAUUAGGCUUAAAAGUGGAUACGGCAGUAUGCCUUCGAUGAGUAAUUGCUACUCGAUCGACGAUAGGAGAGGGACGAUCCAUGAAGCGGAAAGUAGGAACAGGUAUUUUAAGUUACAGGCUACCACUAGUUUAUGAAGGUAAUUUGGAACUAACAUUUUUGUAGGUUAUGUUUCGAAUAAAAAAGUUUGGAUGUAGCAUAUAUUGGAUAAUUGUUAGGUGGAUUCAAUUGUCUAACAAAGUUUGAACCUUUUUCAAAUGGUGUAAAUUAAUGUAAAUAGGUAUUUUAAUUUUUUAAAACAUAUUUAUAUUUUGCCAUAAUUUUGUAUACAAAAGUAAGGAAUCAAAACCAGGAAAUUUGUCUGUAAUAGCCUCGGUUACUGUUACUUACCGUUGAUAAAUCAACACUAACAACACCCUGAUUUCAUAGUACAUCGUUCGUGCCAUUGUGUU